AUGUUUCGUACCACUCUUCCAAAAGUCUCGGUUCGCAACUUUUCAUCUUCUUCUUUAAAAAUGGGUAACAAGGUUUAUUUCGAUACCGCCGUCGACGGCAAGCCUCUCGGCCGCAUCACUUUCCAGCUCUACGACGAUGUUGUCCCCAAGACCGCCGAGAACUUCCGUGCCCUGUGCACCGGCGAGAAGGGCUACGGCUACAAGGAGUCCAUCUUCCACCGUGUCAUUCCCCAGUUCAUGCUCCAGGGUGGUGACUUCACGAACCACAACGGUACUGGCGGCAAGUCCAUCUACGGUGCCCGUUUCCCUGACGAGAACUUCGCCAAGCGUCACGACCGCCCUGGUCUGCUCUCCAUGGCUAACGCUGGCCCCAACACCAACGGCUCCCAGUUCUUCAUCACCACUGUCCCCUGCCCUUGGUUGGACGGCAAGCACGUCGUCUUUGGCGAGGUCACCGACGGUAUUGAGAUCGUCAAGAAGAUCGAGUCUUACGGUUCUCAGACCGGCAAGACCUCUGCCCAGAUCUCCAUUACCGAGUCUGGUGAGCUCUAA